AUGUCGGAGAUAUCGCCGCUCGCGAGCCCGCGCGCGGAGGCGAACGGCGAGCGCGAGUGGGGGGCGCCGAGACACGAGCGGUCGCUGAGCGAGAGCCUGGAGAGCGCGCAGACGAGCGCGUGGGCGCGCGAGGCGGGACGAGGCGGGAGCGAUAAGGGGCGCGAGACGAGCGCGCGGCAGGGAUUGCCGCCGACGGUGAUCGGGGCGCCGGCGCAUCACGCGCGGGCGCGGUCGUACUCGCAGGCGGACGCGCACGAGCCGUCGCUGCGCACGGUGCUCGAGGAGCCGAGGGGGGCGAACGGGGGGACGACGACGGAGGAGGAGAAGAGAGAGAGGAGGAUGCAGGCGAAUCGGUUGUCGGCGGCCAAAUCGAGGAUGAAGAAGAUGCGGAGAAUGGUGGAGUUAGAGCAGACGUGCGAGGAGACGUUGACGAGGGUGAACGCGCUGUCCGCGGAGGUGGAGGCGUUGCGCGCCGAGUACGAAGAGUUGCGCGCGCGAAACGAAGAGUUGACGUCGACGCUCAGCACGCCCAGGGGUCCGCAUCUCGACAGCGCGUCGAAGGAGUUUUUACAAAGUCUCUCGGGCGUCGACGGCUCGUUCACGGGGAUGACGAUCGACGCCAAAGGGUACGACGACGAGGCUUUCGCCGAAACGUUGAACAUCGCGCGCGCGAGCUCGAUGGAGCGCCUCUUCGACAGCGACGGCUUUUUCGUCUCGUCGCCGCGCAUGGACGAAUGAGAAAGGAUCGUGACCCGUUCCUCAAACGCUCGUUCGAUCGUAAAUU